AUGGGUGUUCCCUUCGAGGCCCUCCUUCCUUAUGCGAUCAUCACCGGCAUGUUCGGCGUCACUGGCGCCGGCUUGUACGUUGUGAAGCGCUUCGCCAACGAUGGCAAGAAGCCUCGCUGGAACCGAGACCUGUGGGACAGGGUAAGUGUGCCAACUCCAUUCGUCGACUGCGGUCGGGAAAUCGAGCGUGACAGGAUACGUUGGCUAACUUUUCUGCAGCAAAUGAUGGAGCGAGACCUCCGGAUCACCGGUAGUCUGCGUGGACAGUCCAGCAACCACCAGGCACCCCCAGGAUUCGACGUCAGCAAGCCGUGGAAGGUCGAGAAGCGGAUUUUCUAA